CCCUGAUCGGACACGCCCAUUGGACCAGUGCUGUUGUGUAUAAAUGUGUUCAUCACAAUGUUGUUGACGUUCUCUCCGUCCACAAUUCCAUUCAGACAACCUUUCGGGAUUGAUAAUCCUAAAAUCUUCCCUGAAGCACACACCUUACUGACUUGCUGAGUCUCCCAUCAUAGAUAAAUGUCUCACUUACCCAUGACAGAACCAAUGAAAGAUAACGUACUCCAGGACUCGAAUGAAACGUGAGCCGUGCUUGUCUGUUGUACGUCUUUGCAUACAUUAUACUCACUAUUUCAGGCGCCAAACUAUUUAUGUUGGGAUCGUUGGUUUCACCAUAUUGAUUUGGGACCACAUUGUCACCAUCGCAGACGAGAUUGAGUUAAUCUGGCGACGCCCUAAGGGGACUCUUGUAUACUUAUUUCUACUGAACCGAUAUCUUACUCCUCUCGUCUUUAUCAUCAAUCUGGUUGGUGAGUACUUCACCUUUGACUUAUAUUGCCGGCAUUUUGUUCGAUACGAAGGGGCCACCACAGCUGUAGGGAUCGAGAUAGUCGGGUUGAUGAUGCUGUUACGCGUCAUUGCAAUGUAUAAAAAUCAAUGGGCCGCCAUUGCGCCGGCAGUGUUCUUACUGCUAGCUUGGAUUGUAGUGACUGCAUGGCUAUUGAGUUAUGGCGAACGUAUGCAAUAUGCAGAUGUGAGUUCUGAAACCCUUUUCAGCGGCAGUAUUGCUUCGGCUACAGCUUGGUUGCCUCUGCUCUACGACACGUAUGUCUUCGGGCUGACGUUGAAACGCACGCUUCCUUCGAUCCGCAAUAAAGAAGCGGGGUAUGUUAUCCGUACUGUUUUCGCAGACGGGCUGCUGUACUACAGCGUCAUUUGUACUAUAAAUCUGAUAUUGGCAAUCAUGAUCGUCAGAGCUCAGGAGGGGGUGAAAAACAUCGCCGCACAGUACGCAUAUCUCCAUUACAGAUUUCACGGUCAACAGGUCACAAUGAUGUCAAGGAUUACUCUAAACCUUAAGAAGCAAGGAUUUCAUGGAUUUAAUCCCCACCACUCGCGGGCGGAAGAUUUUAUUAUGUCUAUACGCAAUCAUGUCAUAUCCACACCCUCAGGGGAAGUUUCGCUCAGCCGAUUGCGAUCACAUUCUGUCUCCUCCGCAGCGCGCGUCGAGUCGAGCAGCCGUGCGCGAUCUGGCUCGGUAAGUUCUAUUGUAUCUCCCGUGCGGACCAUCACCCUCCCAGAGGAUCCAUUAAUCUUCGCUACUCGGCCUCGCUUGAGCACGGUAUUUUCUGCUACCAGUACUCCAAUUGCUUUAAGUCCUAGUGGUAGUCCAGUUAGUAGCGAAUAUGUCGACUGGCCUUCAGCUUUGAAUUCCGACCAGCGAAAUACUACAGACAUUAAUAUUGUAUGA